AUGUCGAGAAAAAUGAGCAAGAGAGUGAGUUUCAGCCCUGAAGGCUACCAUGAAAAGGCAGCAACAAACCUUAACAAAACAAACAAGGUUUCGCAAGAGUCGUCGUCGUCGGAGUUCUCGCCGGUGAGAUUUCUGAAGCACAUCGGAGCCAACAUGGCGCGUCUGGUUUCGAGUUCCGACAGAAAGAGGAGUUCGCGGAAGGUGUCGUCGUCGGCGAGCCUGGGGAGGUCGCGCUCCUACGCGGAACGGUCGAUUGAUUCCCAGAGAGCUGAGGCCAUUGAAGACUGCAUCGAGUUCUUGAAUUCUUCUUCGUCUUUGCACCGCUCCAGCUCCGUCUCCAGUUCUUGCUGCAGUUGA